AUGUCUGUUGGACCCAAACAGCCAGCACUGGAGCCCGCCGCCGGCUUCUCGCUUGAGUCAAAAGCAAACCGGCCCGAUCGCGUGCCUCUCAAGAAAGGCGAAUACUCAGUAGCUUCUCGAGCCAUCGCGUUGUCAACUUACUUUCUUUCCGGUGCUCUGGCAAUCAAUCUAUCUCAAUUCCUCGGUACACCACUGUCCUUGAUUAAUGAAGACUGGUAUAAUGCAUGGAUCGCAUUUACAAAGCAGUCGUUCGGGCUGCUGACGAUGACGUUGACACAAACAUUUGCACCCACCAAGGUCAUCAUAUCUGGAGAUGCAUCUGUUCGAGGACAGCUGCUCAAGUCCGCUGAUGGUAAUCUGAUAUUAGAUUUCCCUGAGAGAUUGGUUCUUGUAGCGAAUCACCAAAUUUAUACCGAUUGGCUGUAUCUUUGGUGGAUAGCAUAUUGCAAUGGAAUGCACGGUCGACUCUACAUUAUUCUGAAAGAAUCUUUGAAGAAGAUCCCUAUUCUUGGAUGGGGUAUGCAACUCAACCAGUUUAUAUUUCUCAAACGCAACUGGGAACAAGACAAGCCUAAUAUGGCCACCGCAUUGCAGAAGUUGAAUAAAACCACAGACCCAAUGUGGCUUCUACUGUUCCCGGAAGGUACGAAUCUGGCACCUAGCACCCGUGCCAAAAGUGCAGCAUGGGCAAAGAAAAACAACAUGACUGAUAUGAAGCAUGUUUUAUUGCCGCGAAGUACGGGUUUGCACUUCUGUCUUGAUGAGCUAAGAAACUCGGUGGAUUAUAUCUACGAUUGCACGGUAGCUUACGAAGGUGUACCUAGAGGUCAAUAUGCUCAGGAUAUCUUCACAUUAAAAGCGGGCUAUCUCGAAGGGAGGCCACCGAAGAGUGUCAGCAUGUAUUGGCGACGUUUUGCAAUCAAAGACAUUCCAUUGCACAACGAGAAGGCUUUUGACCUGUGGCUGACCGCCCGUUGGCGCGAAAAGGAUCUUCUGAUGGAACAAUACCUACAGUCUGGCAAGUUCCCAGCAGAUAAUGGUGCUACGAAAUAUAGAUCUGGAAAAAUACUUCGCGGAUGUGGACACAUGACAGUUCCGAUCCAAGCAAGCAAGUGGUAUGAAUUCCUGCAAAUUUUCGCACCAAUGGGAAUUCUUGCCAUGGUCCUGUUUAUAUUCUACGGAGAUCUCCCGCAGCGGUUCUGGAAGAGCAUCAACAAGCAGGCAGUGAAAUCCGGCACAGAUGACAUUAAGAAAGCCGGUUUACAGGCGGGAAGACAAGCAAAAAGUCUCUCGACUUCUGCGAGUGGGCUGACACUGGACUCUUUCUUCGAUCCCGAUCAACAAGAAGAGACUUUCAGAUCUGGCGCAAUGGCCGUGCAAAACCUCAUCACAUCACCAUCAGCACAGAAGUUGCUGAACAGCACUGACUUCAUCCAACAAUUCCUCUCAGACCCGCAGAAAAUGGUCAACGACAGUAUGACGACCAAACAACAAUCUUUCAUGCAAGACAUGGCGAAGGAGGAAGCGAAGAGACAACAGAAAAGGGGAUCUACAACAGCUGGCUCCGUUAGAUCCGGCACAAGUGAUGUUAUCCGUCCCCAAGGGGCAUUUUGGGAUGCUCUCAACGCAGAAGAGAAGAACAGGACUGGCACAGUCGUCCACAGAGGCCAGAAGGCAAAGUUCUGGGACGCAUUGGAUGCCGAGGAAAAGAGUCGACAGGCCGCAGCCGCACCACAACCUCCAAAGGGGACAUUUUGGAAAGACCUCAACGCUGCAGAGGCAAAGAGAGAAGGUCGUCCACCUGCCACGACGAACAACAAAGGCAGAUUCUGGGAAAACGUGAAGGCUGAAGAGAAUAGUCGAUAUGGAACAGUCGUCACCCUGUCCAGCAACGCUUCGACGGCCGUCGGCACCAUCAGUUCAGGAACCACGAAAGGCUCUGCCCCUAAGCUGGGCCCAAAGAAAACUGCUACGUCGAGCAUUGGCCCAAUGAAGAAUCCCACGAAAGCCGUUUCAAUUAGUAAGAGCGCCACCACGGCUAAGGAGCAGACGAAGAAACCCUCACCUCAGUCACAAGCACAAGCACAAGCACCAAUUCAGAAAACCAAACCGAUAUUGACCUCGAUCUCUUCAGCACCAAAAUCCGCGCGCGCCCCAGCAUCCGUCAAAGCAGCAACCACACAGACCCAAUCACCAGUCAAACCUUCCACGACAACAUCAAAGACUCCAUCCGCGGCGACCGCAGGACUCAAACAGAAACUAACAAACGGCUCAACUGCUUUAUCAACAGGCAAGAAACCAAAGCAACCCCUUGCCAGCACCAUAGGCAAGCCCACACCACCAUCUACUACCACAAACACCACAACAAAGAAAGUAAUACCUCCAUCUCCAUCUCCGCCAAAGCCCAAAACCACCACCGCGAAAACCACCGUGGCGGACACUGUUGGUCCUCCUCAGAAACAGCCACAAAAGACAAUAGUAUCAGGAAAGCAGCUGACAAAGUCUACUGGGAAAAAACCGCCACCGACAGCGACCGCAGCCACACCCGCACCAAAGGCACCAAAGGCAUCAAAGGCAUCAACAGCGGCAGGGAGUAUCGGAACGAAGAAACCAGCCGGGCUGACUGCGAAUGGGCCACCGAAUCUGAAGUUGAAGAGUUGA